UGAAAUUCGUAAACUUAUUAGUGAUAUCAAUUCCGAUAAUUGGGAUGAUACAAAACCUAUUGUUUCUAAAGCAUCAAAAGCUAUAAAAGAUGAAAGACAAGAAUCAGAAGAGGCAGGAGAUGAAAUACAGUCAAAAGAUGAAAACCAAAUCAAACGAAUUGAAGUUUUGUUUACAGAGUUAAAAGACAUGUUAGCAAAAAGUACAGUUUACAAUCCUUUAUAUAAUGAACCCACUCUAUAA